AUGGGUUUAUCACCUUUUCAGUUAGUUUAUGGGAAAACAUGUCAUUUGCUAGUGGAGAUGGAGCAUAAAGCUUUGUGGGCUCUGAAAUUUCUGAAUUUAGAUCCUUAUGAUACUCAGAGUAAGCGUAGAAGGCAGAUGCUGGAGCUUGAAGAGAUGCGAUUGCAUGCAUAUGACUCAUCUAGGAAUUAUAAAAAAAAGGUAAAAUUCUAUCAUGACAGGAAGUUUAUAAAGAGGGUUUUCAAUCUAGGGCAGCAGGUGUUAUUGUUCAAUUCACGUUUGAAGUUGUUUCCUGGAAAGUUGAAGUCAAAAUGGUCAGGGCCCUCCAUAGUAAAGAACGUGCACCCUCAUGAAGCAAUUGAAUUGGUAGAUCCAGCUGCUAGUGAUCCAUAG